GACGUGACCCGUACCGGGGAAUACUGCGAGAUAUCUUCUACAUGCCGUACUUUCAGAUUUACGGAGAGCUCUUCCUUGAAGUAAUGAACACAACCAAUGAACUUGAUAUUCCCGUUCCCGAUACAUUUUCAUCAAUAACAUAUACAAUAUUACUCGCUUUAUAUUUGUUGAUUGGCAAUGUACUUCUACUGAACAUCCUAAUUGCCAUUUUCAGUCGAGUAUAUGAAAGAGUUGAAGCCAAUUCAUUGGUAGAGUGGCGAUACGAACGUUAUUCCUUGAUCUCUGAGUAUGAAGAUCGUCCUGCCAUUCCACCGCCUUUCAUCAUUGUUGUCCACAUCUAUCGAACUGUCAGGUGGUGUUUGUUAAAAUGUACUGCGUGUAGCAGCUGUAAAAAACAACCCGCCACAUCUGAAAUUAACAUGACGUCAUCGGGGACAUCGGAAGUUGGCGAAUAUGAUAGGUUAAUGAAAGCAAUUGAGCGUGAAUCAUUAGAUAAUUACAGACGACGACAAGCAGAUGAACAACGAAGUAGUGCCGAAUCAAGAAUGAAUAGAAUUGAAGAAAGGUGUAAAAUAAUUAUGAAAAAAAUGGAACAAUUUGAAGAAAGGUUGAAACAGUCACCAACCGUGACCAAGUUAUGAGCUUCAUCGUCACCUCAAAACAUGUUACUAAUGUUUGGCCAAACAUUAUGGUUAGGUAACUACUGAUCUGCAGACUAGAAUUUCCCUUAGACGUCAAGGAACACCCUAAAAUAUCUUUUCAUACAUUAAGAUAACGUAACUACUGAUAUCCGAUUUAGUAUUUUCACUAAAUUCAGUUGUUUAAAACUUUAUGUCAGUAUACAGAAUCUUUCAUAAUAAUCAAGAUAUUGAUAAUGUUGCUUAAUACGUGUGUAUAAGUUGGAAUAACAGUAUUGGCGUACAAAAUACGUCAUGCAAGCCUAUGCAAUGCACACUGUAAAUUUUUUUAAUA